UCUCCUUAUUCAGAAGAAAAUCGGUGAGUGGGCUGGCUAAUAAAACUUGCACUGGGACAUCCAAAAGAUACCAGCUCUGCAAAGUACAAGUAAGGAUAUCUUUUGUCUUGUUGGGAACAAUCAGUGUGGGAAGUCAUGUAUGGCAUUUCUGGGUCCCUCGGAGAGGCAACACUAUUUGCCCUGUAGCUGUCACCCUGCUGCCCCUCCAAGCAACUGGGAGUCCCCUUCUUUAAUGCCCAUCACUAUUAUGUCAGGACUUUGGGCCUUUUACCUUUGCUGGGGGCCAUAAAACCCCAGCAUGAGUGAUAAUUGCACCAUUUACCAGGGGGCUCCCCCUGGCUGUUCCUGCAGUGGGGGGAGGAGAAGGAGGAGGAGGAGGAGGAUAUAGCCCUGGAUGGGGAAGGUGGUGGAAACACUCCUUGCAGCUGGUCGUGAUGUGCCAGAAACUUUUCCCGCACUUUGUUUCCAUCAGGAUGUUAAUGUAUCCUAUUCUAGGAGUGCCCUGCGAACGGAAGGAGCUUCCGAGAGGAGCAGUGCUCAUCAUUUAACUCCCAUGUGUAUAAUGGCAGAACAUAUCAAUGGAAACCUUUAUAUCCUGGUAACAAGACAUUCUUUGUGUGUUUCAUAAUGCUCAGCCAAAUAUUUUGAUAGUUAUGAUGCUACAGCCUGCAGGAAGGCUCCUCCUCUGCUGUUUCAAAAUGAUUUUUCAGAGGCACAAUCAGCUGUCCCAACUUCAAAGGCAUGUUUGGCAGCUGCAGGGUAGCUUAAAAAUUGAAUAAUAACAUGAAUUUGAGGCUGUAACCGGUGUUGCUCUCAGCUCAUGGGGACCAGAGGGGCUGGAGGAGGAUGUGAGAGCAUGGGGUGAUGGGCUGUGCUGGCAGGGAGGGUCAGGCUCACCCGGACAAGUGUCCUUUGAGACGAGGCCAUUGCUGGCUGUGCUGUGUUUCGGUGACAUUUGUCGCUCCCACGCCCUCCAUGUGCUCUGUCAAACGUCACCCAGACUCAGUCAGUCAGUUUGGUCACCCAGGGGUGAGCGACACAGAACUGCAGGAACAACCUGGGAGUCAGAGACUGAGAUUUGAUUUAAAUUUUAGACACCAAACUCCUAUCAGAACCGAGUGUUACAACACAAAUCAUGACCAAGUUUUAGAACUACUGGGUACUCAAGACCCUUCUGUCGAGGAGACUGCUGAGUGCUGGUUCUUCAGAUUCACAGUGCCAUUGGGUGCCUAAAAAUAGAGAUGGGAUCUGUUGCAACUUUAUUUUAGUGGUCUCUGUCCAUGCCUAAGAACAAUUACUCUUCAUGAAAUCACUUGUUGCCUCCUUUACCAUGUAACAAGCCCUUCCCUCUCCAGCCCUGGGAGGGUCAGCAGGGUAGAACUUGGCCCAUGAGCUGCAGCUCCUUGGUGGCUUUGUCCCUUUGCUGUGGCAAGGUGACAGUUUCUCUAAACAUGUUUGCUCCUCAGGCUGAUUCACCAGGGAUGUUGCAGUGAAUUGCUUUGUGUUUUAGCAGGUGCUCACGUGGCUCCUGGGGGAUUUGCACAGUAAUGUUUUGACAAUGGUGCUGCCUUGCUGGGGCACACAGGCCAGUGGGUACACGACUGCUCAGGAUUUGGGGGAGAUAAACACUUGGCAUCAUGUUUUCUGAUGCAAAUAUGAGUUUGUAAUUUGUUUCCUGUGGAUGUUGUAAAAUGUGGGACUGCUGUGCUGGUGGAUGCUGCCAGACAGUUUUGUCUGCAGAAAGCAAAGGGCGAAUUAAGUCCAGCAUGGGUUGAAUGUUUAUGGAAAAGUUAUAUAGUAUAAAAUGUUUUAAGUUGCCAUGGGUUUGAAUAUAGGCUUACUUAUGUCUUUCUAACAAUACAUCUGUUUAUUUAACUCCUGUAUGGAGUGCUGCUGGUGGUGCCACUGGCAUCCCUUGGGCAUCUCUUCCUGGCAGCAGAGAGGUCUGCCAGGCUGUGCAAAGCCUUGCAGCAGAGGGCUGUUACACUGUCAGAAGUGCCAUCUCCUGUCUAGCCUGAAACACAAGAGGUGGCAACUUCUGAACUGUUGGCUGCUCUGCAGUUGUUCUGUUGCUGCUGUUGUUUAGCUUGGCAGAGGUUCCUUGACUUCUGUAGGAUGAAAGUUAUUGUGUUUCUGCUGGUUUUGAAUAUCUCUUUAUAUCCUUUCCCCUUAGAUGACUAUGUUCACAUUUCUAGCAAGCCCUGUGACCUUCAUUGCACCACUGUGGAUGGCCAGAGACAGUUAAUGGUUCAGGCUCGGGAUGGAACCUCCUGCAAAUACACUGAUUUCCGAGGGGUUUGCGUGUCUGGAAAAUCCCAUUGGCUGUGAUGGCAUUCUCUUUUCCACCCACACCUUGGAUAAAUGUGGAGUUUGCCAAGGAGAUGGGAGCAGCUGCACCCACGUAACCGGCAGUUACCGGAAAGGAAAUUCUCAUCUUGGCUACUCUCUGGUAACGCACAUUCCCGCCGGAGCGAGGGAUAUCCAGAUAGUGGAACGGAAAAAGUCUGCAGAUGUUCUGGCUGUGGCUGAUGAAGCUGGGUACUAUUUCUUCAAUGGGAACUAUAAAGUUGACAGUCCAAAGAACUUCAACAUUGCAGGCACAGUGUUCAAGUACCGCCGGCCCAUGGACGUGUAUGAGACUGGCAUCGAGUACAUUGUUGCCCAAGGACCAACAAAUCAAGGGCUGAACAUAAUGGUCUGGAAUCAAAAUGGCAAGAACCCGUCCAUCACGUUUGAAUACACUCUCCUGAGGAAGCCACACUCAAAAAAUCUGCAGCCCAUCUACUACACCUUCUCCGAGUCAGAUAGUGAAGAGAGCAGGGAGUUUGAUGGGGACGUGCCAUUGGGUUUUAUCCAGCACAAUGCAACCUACUUUGGGAAAAUCUCCACGGAAAGGAUAGACUUGGAGAACCAGGUGUUUGGAAGGCAGGACACGGAGGAAGAUUUAAACUUGAGCAAAGGUCAGGAAACCAAUGAGGUCUAUGAAAGAGCAGAAACAAUUGACUGUGAGCCAAAACUGAAGGGCAAACAACCCCAAGAUUCAAACGUAACCAGGUCUACUUACCAGACAGACCAUGACGACAGAGACUUCGACCCCAGGUUCGCCUCCAGGGAGUUCCUCUUGGAGAAUGCCAUCACGGACAAGCUGCUGGACAAGGCCUCGGACUCCAAGGAGCUGGUGCUCAACAUGACCAUGAACAGCAUCUUUGCCCAGGGAGACCCCAUCAACUCCGUGGGGUCACACAUUGACAGCCUCUACGUUGACUACGAGGACACUGAUGGGGUUGUGACCUACUCCAUCAACAGCACUUACCUGGAGCUGAGCAACGGCAAAGCCACCAACACGUCGGCAGAGACACCGUUUUCAAACACCACGGUCACCGUGAGCAGCCCUCAAGGGAACAGAACCCACAAAGCAAGAAACAGAUUGAAGUUGUUAAGAAAGGGCCAAGGUGUGAGUGCUGCUGACAUGUACAGGUGGAAGCUUUCCUCCCAUGAACCCUGCAGCUCUACAUGUACCACAGGAGUGAUGUCCACAUAUGCGAUGUGUGUUCGCUAUGAUGGGAUCGAAGUGGAUGACACGUACUGUGAUGCCAUGACCCGUCCUGAGCCCAUCCAUGAGUUCUGUGCUGGGAGAGAGUGCCAGCCAAGGUGGGAGACGAGCAGCUGGAGCGAGUGCUCCCGCACCUGUGGGGAGGGAUACCAGUUCCGCAUCGUCCGCUGCUGGAAGAUGAUCUCGCCGGGGUUCGACAGCUCCGUGUACAGCGACCUCUGCGAGUCCGCCGACAUCACCCGGCCGGACGAGCGCAAGGUCUGCAAGAACCCGGCCUGUGGGCCCCAGUGGGAGAUGUCCGAGUGGUCUGAGUGCUCAGCCCGGUGCGGGGAGCGGAGCGUGGUGACACGGGACAUCCGCUGCUCGGAGGAGGAGAAGCUGUGCGACGCCAGCGCCCGGCCCCUGGCCGAGAAGAACUGCACGGGGCCACCCUGUGACAGGCAGUGGACCGUCUCCGACUGGGGACCGUGCAGCGGUGGCUGCGGGCAGGGCAGGAUGAUCCGGCACGUGUACUGCAAAACCAGCGACGGGCGCGUGGUGCCCGAGUCACAGUGCAACCUGGAGACCAAGCCACUGGCCAUCCACCCCUGCGGGGACAAGAACUGCCCCUCGCACUGGCUGGCACAGGACUGGGAGCGGUGCAACACGACGUGUGGCCGGGGUGUGAAGAAGAGGAUCGUGCUCUGCCUGGAGAUUGUCAACGGCAAGAUCAAGACCCGCAACCCCGCUGACUGUGACGUGGCCAAGAAGCCCGUGGAGGAGACGACGUGCUUCGAGCGGCCGUGCUUCAAGUGGUACACGACCCCCUGGUCGGAGUGCACAAAAACCUGUGGAAUUGGUGUAAGGAUGCGGGAUGUGAAGUGCUACCAAGGGAAGGACAUCGUCCGGGGCUGCGACCCGCUGGUGAAGCCGGUGGGCAAACAGACCUGUGACCUGCAGCCCUGCCCCACAGAGCCCCCAGACGACAGCUGCCAGGACCAGGCAGGAACCAACUGUGCUUUGGCCAUCAAAGUGAACCUGUGCAGCCACUGGUACUACAGCAAAGCCUGCUGCCGCUCCUGCCGCGCGCCCCACUCCUAGUGCCGGCAGCACCUCCCUUAGCGAGGGCUCCGUGUUCCAUUUAGCCACACAUCCCACAGACUGGUGAUCAGGAUGCGUUUGGGUUGUUUUUUAUUUCCCCACUGAUGCACAACUUCUCUCCUCGUCCCUCUCCCGGGGCGGUGCCGGCGCGACUCAGCGCAGAGCCCGUUGGGAGUCCCCGCUAUCAGAGCUGUACAUAAAGUCGUGUAUAUUUGAUUCCCCCAAACUGCAGGUACAUCCAUGUGUUUUUUCACAAGGUCUGGUCCUUUGGUUUCUUCCCUCUGUGCAAGUUUGGGGUGGGUGAGGGGAAGGUGUGAACUCGGGGAAGUGCAAAUUUCCCUCCGCCAAGGGGAUUAGUGCCUCUCUCCUAAUUUAUCCCAAGACCUGCACACUCUUGUUAGCUGCAUCUAAUGUGGUGGGAAGCUGAUUCUCAUUUGCUAAAUGAACUCAAGCCCUUCUUUGUAAUAUGUAGGUGUAUACUUUUUCAGAGAAUUUUAUCUUAUAAUCAAAUGUUAGUUCCAUAGUCCUUACACCCCCCCCGAUGCUGACAUAUUGUAUAUAAUAUGGAAACAUAACUGCACUUUAUAUCACAAAAAAGACGUGCUCUUUUUUAAUAUAUUUGUUUACAGACAGUGAACUUUAUCCAUAUAAUCAUUAAUUUGUACUCAUAUGUAUAUUUUAAUAAAGUUGUCAUAUUUA